AUGAACGAGAACUCCUUCUAUGGUCCGAUUCCUCCAUCCAUCUUCAACAUGUCAUCCAUACAAAUAAUAACUUUAUCCAGUAAUGCUUUGUCAAGUAAGCUGCCAAUUGACAUGUGCAUGCAUAGUCUUCGUAACCUCAAAACGCUUAAAAUAUCAUUCACUAAGUUGUAUGGAGAAAUACCAUCGAGCCUGGGCCAAUGUUCAAGCCUUGAAGCGCUUUCCUUGUACAACAACAGCUUGAUUGGAGAGAUGCCAAAAGAAAUUGGAAACUUGACACAUCUCACUCAGUUAUUCCUUGGGUUCAACAGGUUAACUGGUGAUAUUCCAAAUGAGAUUUGUCAUCUUCGCAUGUUAAAUGCAUUGUGGAUGGAAUCCAACAAAUUGACUGGACCAUUACCUCGAGACAUUCAGAAUUUGACUUCUCUUCGAGAGUUAGUUCUUUACGAUAAUACUCUUACUGGUAAUAUUCCUAAAGAAAUUGGUUAUCUUAGUAAUUUAGAGACGUUAAGCAUGGCAUCCACCGGUUUUAAUGGAUCAAUUCCAAAACAAAUUGGAAACAUGACAAACCUUCUUUAUAUAUAUCUUGAAGACAAUGCAUUAAGUGGUGGUAUUCCACAAGAGAUUGGCCAGCUUCAUAAGUUACUAAAUUUGUCCAUUGAUUCUAACAAGUUGACUGGCCCAUUACCCCUGGCCUUUUUUAACAUGUCUCAUGUCCGGUUUAUUUCCUUGAGACAUAACACACUUAAUGGGACAUUGCCAAGAGAAAUUGGGAACAUGAAAUCACUCCAAGAAUUAUACCUCAUUAACAAUACUUUAACCGGUGUGAUUCCAGAUGAGAUUGGUGGCCUUGAUAAAUUAGUUGAAUUAUACAUGAAUUCCAACAAGUUUAUCGGCCAUUUGCCUCCGGUCAUAUUCAACAUGAAAUCACUUACCGAAUUAUCUCUCGACAAGAAUGAUUUGACUGGUAUCAUUCCUAGAGAGUUGUUCACUGCCAACAUUGAGAGUAUUGAUCUCUCCGGUAACCAUUUUCAAGGCACCAUACCUUCCACUGUUGAAACGUCCCUCAAGUUAACUUAUCUCAACUUGGCAAAUAACAGUCUCUCAGGCUUCAUACCUUCCACCAUUGGAAAUCUCUACUCUCUCAAAACCCUAGUGCUCCACUCCAACAACUUCAUUGGAGAGAUUCCAUCAUCCAUUUGCAAACUGAGUUCACUCCAUUUUCUUCAUCUAUCAUCCAACAGCCUGCAUGGAUCAAUUCCAAAGUGUUUGGGAGAGCUAAGUAAAUCCUUGCAAGUUCUGCAUUUGAAGGAGAACAACCUUCAUGGCCUCAUUCCACCAACAUUCCCAAAGGGUUGCGCUCUCAAGUCUCUGAACCUCAACGGCAAUAACCUAGAUGGAACACUGCCACAAACCCUAGGAAAUUGUGGGAAGCUGCAAGUUGUUGACGUCGGAAGCAAUGCGAUACAAGAUGGAUUUCCCUUCUUGAUGGAGCGUCUCGCUGAUCUCCGGGUUCUUGUUUUGAGGGAUAACAGAUUCAAUGGCAGUAUGCAUUUACCCAUUGCUAAUGGUGAGAGAACUAGUGAUGCUCCAUUUGUGAAGUUGCAAGUGUUUGAUGUAUCUCAAAAUGAAUUCAGUGGGCCCCUCCCAACUAGAUAUUUAACCACACUCCCAGCCAUGAUCAAUGCCAAGGAAGAUGUUUCAGACAUUACUAACUGGUUCAUCAAGUAUGAGGAGUCAAUGGAGUUUGUUUUGAAAGGCACAAAUCAACCACUAGUGAGAAUCUUGAAAACCUUCACCACUAUUGACAUGUCUGAGAACAAAUUCUCCGGGAAGAUUCCGGAUUCCAUAGGGAAUCUUAAUUCACUCAAGUACUUGAAUUUGUCUCACAAUAGUCUCACUGGGAAGAUUCCAUCAUCCCUUGGAAGUGUGAAAGCAUUGGAAUCACUAGACUUGUCUUCAAACCGACUGAAUGGUGAGAUUCCUCGGCAUUUAACGAUGUUGAAUUUUCUUUCUACGUUUAAUCUUUCAGUGAAUGAUCUUGUUGGAGAGAUUCCUCAGUCUGGCGGCCAGUUUCCAACAUUCGAUAACAAAUCCUUCAUUUCAAACUCGGGAUUAUGUGGACUUCCUCUAACAAAAAAAUGCAAGCAAGAUCCCAUGGCUCCUCCUCAAGAAAGUGAGGAUUCUAAUUUUGUGGAUGGAUUCAGUUGGAGACCGGUGGUUUUGGGAUAUGGAUGUGGUUUCAUAAUAGGAGCUUUGAUAGGUUGUUUCGUAAUGGAAUAUGGAAGCCCUAAAUGGUUACUAGAAAUUUUCGGUAUUCAAUAA